AUGAAAUUCUUAAAAUAAGCUUUCCUUUAAGGGUCAAAUUGCUCUCGGCUCCCACAUAUUUUUAAAAUGUUCUUUCUAGCCCUCUAAAUUAUUUAUUCCGUAACAUAGCGUCCAUCUAUGAAGUCCACUAACUGCACCCUAUAAGCUUGAAUCUGUUUAUUGUCGCCACCUAAAUCAUGGCUGGAAUUUCUUGGCAAAAGGAACAACUUUUGUCAUAUCUUUUCUUGUAAAAUUGUGGUAGGAAUAAGUUGGGUAAAUUGGAAGUCAACAAUACUCCACCAAACAAAAUCUUAACUUAACAUCAUGCAAAGGGAAUGAUGGUGAAUAACAAAACAACAAUUACAAAAGUAAAGCAAGCUCUUAACUCCUUGUUUUGAUUUUCACGUGCCCACAAGAACACCUACCCAAGAACACACAAAGUUUAUGGUUUUUACUUGUAUGCAGAAUGCAUUUACAUAUAUAUCAGUAGACAUAAAUUGUUAGAUAUUGUACAGAAACUAUGAUUAAAUUCACCGUUCUUAGAUUGGUGCUCUUCAUGUUGGUUCUGGUUCUUCGUCCCAGCACCGAAGGCCAGGUAGUAGUCCCUGUGGUACCACUCACCCCUUUUAUCCCUCGCCCACUCUGCAAUUACCAAAUGGCCCUUGCUAAUCAAGCCUGUUUAUAUCUCCCAUUCACACAAGUACCUCCUCAAGCACCUCGCGCCCCAUUUGGUCCACCAUCACCUCCAUCUGAUGACGAAAGGCACGACCACAGGCAUGGACAUCGGCAUGGGCAUAGGCAUGAUGAUGAUGAUGAUGAUAAUGAACAUGAACAUGAGCAAGAACAUAACCAUAAUCAUGGGCAUGGGCAUAGACAACAUCAGCAUCGUAGGCAUCACCGACAUAGAAACACGCCCAUGGAAGAUGAAUGUUGCAAGUGGUUGUCACAAGUUGAUGAUCAAUGUGUUUGUGAUCUUCUUGUUCGUUUGCCUCCUUUCCUUGCGAGACCUGUUCAUAAGUACUCUGUAAUAGUUGGUGGCUCAUGCAACAUCACUUACGCAUGUGGAAGUCGAUUCAGGGUCUAAAAUCUAUGUAGGACUUUUAACAGUUUUUAUGCUUUUGUAGUUUCUGUAGAUUGUGAUUCUAUAAAAUUUUCAAGCGUUAUCUUUA